AUGAGCAGGGCGGUGCCGAAGGACGCAUUGGACGCACAGUCGGAAUCAAUGUUUGCAGGGCACGCAACCUCUUCGACACCGUGUGCUUCUUCCUGCUGUCAUGAGGUGGGAGCCAUGCGGAGUUUGCGUGGUGGGGCAGCGAAUCGAGAAAUCUCUCACAGGGUGAAGCAACAACUUGCCCAAUGCGAGGCCGGUCAGAUCUUGAAGGUGGCCGACUACUGCGGCGACCACGUGAAACUUGAUGGAGCUGUGGCAGCGCUUCAGAAGCUGGCACGUGAUCCCCACUUCAAGACCAAUGGCAAGGACCGGAGAAUCAGCAACAUGUUGGAAAUCUACCGAAAGUGUCUGAUGCCAAGUGGAGAUAUGGAUUUGUGCCAGCUCACAACGUCCUGCUGGGCUUUUGCAAGGCUUCAGGUGUCUGAUGCACCUCUGCUUGCUCGGCUGGAAUCGGCUGUCAUGGAGAAGGUGCACGAAAUGUCGCCACAGGAGAUAUCUUCAACCGCCUGGGCGUUUGCAAGGUUGGACAGGACGGAUCCAAGAAUGAUUGCAAGGUUGGUCGAUGGUGUGGGCCGAUUGGUGGCCGAGCAGCAUGCGCUCACGCCCGCCCAGACGACCAGCUUUGUUUGCUUGGCAGCGAAGGCAACCGAGGCGGGCACAGAUUUGUUUCAGAAGGUGCUGCCGCAUGCCGAGAAUCAUCUUGUGGAUUUUGAAGUCCGGGAUCUUUGCAACUUGGCGUCGGCGGUGGCUGGCUUCUCCAACGCAUGCAGCCCCCUGUUGAGGAGCAUCUCGUGCGAGGUGUUGACCAAAAAGAACAAAGCAACCCCUGUGGACUUCGUCAAUAUAGUGUGGGCUGUGGCGGAGGUUCGUUUCAACACGGAAUCGUUUCUCGAGGACUUGCAAAAAACUUGUGAAGAUCGGCUGCCGCAGAUGAGUUCUCAGGAGCUGGGGCAUUGGCUUUGGGCAUUUUGGAAGGUGGAGCUGGCCAACCCCAAGCUGUUGGCUAUGAUCAACGCAAAUGCCGACAUGAAGGCUGACAGCUGCGACAUAGAGGAGCUGGGGACACUGUUGUGGACAAUAUCCAGACAGCCGGCCGCGGCGGAGCGAGGGCCUUGCUGGCGUCUGGCCACUCGCUGCGCUGCCGAGGCCGAUGUCUUCACCCCACAGCAGCUCGCCAAUGCCUUACAAUGCCUUUCCCGGUUGCCGGGCCACGACGUGGCGAGCGAGGCGCUCGCGAAGGCAGUCUGCAGAUGCAUGCGGAGCUUCAGUGACUCAGACCUGGUGUCCUCCGCGUGGUGCUUGGCACAGAUGGGGCGGCACGAUGUGUCUCUGGUGGACAUGCUUGCAGUGGAGGUUCAGCGCCGCCUCCAUUGUCUGUCCCCGCAGCAGCUGAUCUCCUUGGCUGGUAGCUUUGCCACGAUGGGCCGAGCGGUGCCGGACCUUGUAAGGUCGAUCACGUCAGCCAUUCUCGGUGCAGGCCUUGAGCACUUGACCGCCCAAGAUGUCUCGCGUCUCUCUUGGGCUGUGGCGAAGCUUGCCUUCGCGGACACGGCUGUCUCCGGUCCCCUGGCCGAGCAAGCUGCAGCUCGAGUUCGCGAGUUUCAGGCUGUGAACUUGGCGAAUGUCCUCUGGUCCAGUGCCAAGCUCUUGAACAAAAACGAGAAGUUGGUGGACAGCCUGUGCGGCGCAUCCGUGCGGCGUGUUGAAGAGUUCAAUGCGCAGAACCUGGCGAACACCGUGUGGGCCAUUGCCACGCUGAACUACACGCUCACCGAAAAGAUGAGCGCUUUCAUCGAGCAGAGCAUCCGGAAGAUCCAUGAGUUCGGCCCACAAGGUCUGGCCAACAUGUCUUGGGCCUUCGCGAAGAUGGAACAGAAGUUUGAUGAACUCAUGGCUGCAGUGGCCCAGGAAGUUCGACAGAAGAUCGAAGUGUUCGAGCCUCAAAAUCUGUCGAACACGGCCUGGGCUUUCGCAGCGCUGCGCAUCGAGGAUGCAGAGCUCAUGUGCCUCCUUGCAGGGAAGAUCUUCCAGAAGAUCAGCCAAUGCUCUUGCCGAGAUCUGGCGAGCAUCUCCUGGUCCUUUGCAAGGCUGCACCUGGGCAGCACGGAGCUCCUCGUUACAGUGUCUGAGGCUGUACAAGCUCGGGUGAUGGAGUUCGAAGUGAAGGGUCUGUCCAAUGCCAUUUGGGCAUUUGCCGUCCUGUCGACGCAGGAUGAGCCCGUCAUGUCCAACCUCGCCGCGGCAGCGUUGCAAAAAAUUCGGCAGUGCUGCUCGGAGAGAUCCGCGAAAAUCGAGGAUCUGGCAACGGACCUGAACGGCUUGACAUGGGCAAUGGAACGAGUCAACUUCCUGACAGAUACGCUUGCGACUACCCUCCUGGACUUCAUGCAGCGCUUGGGGCGCAUGAAGGACGUGGAGAUGACCGGUCCGCAUCGGCCGCCACCCGCGAAGAUCGAGAGCGUGGCGCCUGAGGACCACCCUGGCGAGGAGCCCAUGCUGCGCCUGGAUUUGCCCGACAUGUGCUGCGUCCACAAGCCGGCGGGGUGGGAAGUCGACAACGAGGACGCCGGAGGUGGACCAUGGAUGUCCUCCUGGCUCAUGGAGCAGUUUUCCUUUGACAGCGUACCGAUUGUUCAUUACGAGGAGCAUCAGUUCGGCUUGGUCCAAAGACUGGACAUCCCGAGCUCGGGGCUGAUCCUGGCUGGCAAGACUUGGGAGGGCUUCUACACCUUGAAGUUCCAGCUACAGACAGGGCUCCUUGUUCGCGAAUAUGUUCUUCUCGUGCAUGGCUGGGUCGCCUUAGAUGGCAGCAUCAACAAACAGUCCUUCGCCGCCAAUGCGCCCUGCGGUGCCCCUGCCCCGGGGCUUCUGCGCGUUGCAGCUCACCUGAGGCGCCACAGCGAGGGUGAGGAGCAGCGAUUUAGCCUGGUCCUCCUGCGGGUAACGAAGAGUCGGCGUGGGGAACUGCGACAGCACUUCGUUGGAGCUGGCCACCCCACGGUGGCUGAUGGCAAGUACUCGGAACGUGAGGCGUACUUGCGGGACCGAGAGUGGUGCGCCAGGAAGUUCAUGCACUGCUUCCGCUUGCAGUGGCGCGACUCGCAGGCACGAAACCACGAAUACCGCGAGCUCUUGCCCAAGGACCUGCGUUCAUCGCUGGCGGCUUUGGACCCAUGCUGCCGGCAGUCUGCCGAGGCAGUCUACGCUUGGAUUGAGGGCCAUGUGCCGAGGCCGUGGGGGCAAAUACCAGACUUGGCUGGUACCUGA